UGGCAGCUCGAGGCAGAGGGGCUUUACUCUCGCGACUCUGGAAUUAUGAACAGCGCUGGUCCGACCAGCAUCUUGUUUUGAACAUUAUUCCCACUGAUCUGAGACCAUGGAGUUCGGAACCCGCAUUUUCAUCGCAUUCCUCGUUUCCCAGGUUGUAUUCACUGGAGCGCAGGAAGAGGAAGAGAAAGUUGAAUGUGUACCAGGAUUUCAGCAAAAGGAGUACCAGGUGGAGUACAGUGGAGGGUUCCUUAAAGAUGUCCCCCUGCUGCAAGUGGUGUUCGACGACUGUGCUGGGAACGAGGAUGUGGAGUUUGAAGUAUCAAACCCAAACUUCUUACUAGAUGAAAACCUGAAUCUAGUUCCUAGAAGAGACGUGAUCAACAGCGGAGACUUCAUGUUUGUCCAUGGUGUGAAUAUUCACAUCGACGACAUGGCACAGAUCACUAUUAUAGGAGCACCGUCCAGAUCUCCUCAGACACUCAGGGAGAUCCUGGGUCUGUCAGACACGAUGUCAUACCGAUCUAAAAGAUCCUUGAUAGUGCCCCCCAUGUUUAUCCCAGAGAACCAGCGAGCUCCAUUUCCCAGGUUAAUUGGAAAGGUGGUCUCAUCUGACAUGAAGGAAGAACACAUCUUCCGUCUGACGGGACGGGGAGCAGAUCAAGACCCUAAAGGUGUGUUCAGCAUCAACCGACUGUCAGGAGAUGUGGCCGUCAGUCGAGCCCUGGAUCGAGAGGCCAUCGCCUACUAUCAUCUCCAGGUUUCCACCACUGACCUGAGUGGCAAGUUAGUAGAGGGUCCAGUUGACCUGGACGUGUCUGUUAUUGACCAGAACGACAACAGACCAGUCUUUAAGGAGCCACGUUACUCUGGGGAAGUUCUGGAAGGUUCCCCAACAGGCACUACAGUGAUGACUAUGACGGCUUACGAUGCAGACGAUCCCAAUACGGACAAUGCUGUGCUGCGCUACAUCAUCGUGAGACAGCAGCCCGAUAAACCUUCACCCAAUAUGUUCUACAUCGACCCGGAAAGAGGUGACAUUGUCACUGUUAUAGCGCCACACCAGCUCGAUAGAGAGACUCUUCCAACCACGCAGUAUGAGCUGGAGAUUGUGGCGAAGGACAUGGCGGGAAGUGAGGUGGGAUUGACAGGAACUGCAACAGCCACCAUCACCAUCACAGACAGAAAUGACCACGCACCCGAGUUUACACACUCACUGUUUCAGGCAUCAGUGAAUGAAGGAUCAACUGGAGUGGUAGUGAACCUGACCGUGGAUGAUAGAGAUGACCCAGCCACCGGAGCCUGGAGAGCCAUCUAUUCCAUCAUUAACGGAGAUCCCAACCAGAAUUUUGAAAUACAGACCAACCUAGACAACAAUGAAGGCAUGCUGUCAGUUGUAAAGCCUCUGGACUAUGAAAGUUCAAUGGUUCACACGCUGCUGAUUAAAGUGGAAAACGAAGACCCCCUGGUUCCUGACAUUGUGUAUGGGCCCAGCUCUACAGCGACAGUUUACAUUACAGUUAUGGAUGUAAAUGAAGGACCGGUGUUCAUCCCAGAUCCUCUGGUUGUCAUCAGGAGAGAGAAUAUCCCCUUAGGGAGCUUUGUGGCCAUGCUGAAUGCUACUGACCCGGACUACCUACAAUCCCAGAGCAUAAGGUUUGCCGUGUUGAGAGAUCCAGCAGACUGGCUAAUCGUGAACCCUUUUAAAGGCAAUGUCACCACCAGAGCCAUACUGGACCGCGAGUCUCCACACGUCCACAACAACCAGUACACCGCUCUCUUCUUGGCAACAGACAACGGCAAUCCUCCUGCCUCUGGCACAGGUACACUGAUAAUCACUCUGGAGGACGAGAACGACAACGCUCCGUAUGUGUUCCCGUCUGUGGCCCGAGUGUGUGAGGACGCCAAAGACAUGAAUGUGGUGGUGAUCGGAGGACGAGACAAGGACAUUCGUCCUAAUACAGACCCUUUCAAGAUUGAGCUCGGCAAACAGCCAGGACUGGAGAAAACAUGGAAGAUCUCCAGGAUCAAUGACACUCACUCCCAGAUCAUGUUGCUGCACAGUCUUAAAAAGGCCAACUACAACCUGCCAUUGGUUCUGACUGACUCUGGCGUUCCUCCGAUAUCCAACAACACAGAACUGAAAGUUCAAGUGUGCACCUGUAAGAAGAACAGAAUGGACUGCAGCCGUGCCGCUUCGGUCCAAACAAAUGUCUUGCUGCUGCUCGGCCUGCUUCUGCUCUCCAUCCUCUGCUUGUAAAUUCCGCUGAAUCUUUCUGUAGUCCUUUUGCAACACUGAAGAAAACUUUCUUCUCCUCUCCACACGCAAACCAGGCUGAGAGAGAAGACCUCUCCCCAAAAGACACCUUGCACCCUUAAUUUUUGCUUUCAUUCAUUUUUUCCGUCAUCUCUACUGUAUAUCCCCGACCGGUUGCACCUCACGACCUCUUUCCCAGGAACUGUCCCGCUCUCCUGUCCCCCUUUCCCCUCUGCACUUCUGUCUUCUCAUACCUCUGGAAGUCAUCACGGACUGCACCUCUUCAACAAACUCUCUCUCCCUCUCUCUCUCACUGGACAAAGAUAUAUUGGAUGGGGGCAAAGCGAUUGGACAUUUCGGUGUACUUUAGUUUCCUCUGGUUAAAGACUACUGUAUUUGAUCUUGUUUACUAAUGUAAGGGAAGGACACAAUGCCUCUUUAGUCUGCAGUGGUUGUGUUUUCUUAGGGCAGGGUGGUAGCCAGAAGCCUUCAGAGUCUAAAAAAAAGAAGUGUCUCAAGUCUUUUAUUUUUAAAUUUGGGUUCAAUUGCAUUAGUUGUUAUGGAGUGGAACACGAUAUAUCUUUAUAGUACUGUGUGGAAACGGUGGGGGGAAAUGUACACUAUAUAUAUUUUAUUUUUUACCAAUGUACAAAUAUAUUAAUUAACUUAUGUACUUUGAUUGCUUUAUUCUUUAAUGACCCCUCACAAGAAAAAAAGAACAAAAGAACUGUAUGUUUUUUGCUAAAUUUUAGGGACUAUUUCUAAUGCCAUUGAUGUUUUUUCCUCUUUUUCAUGUACAAGUUCCUGUUUUAGAGUGCGGUUCUUGAGUCUGGAGAGUGAUUUGCAGACAGAGAGCGAAUGUAUCUUGUGAUCUGAUGUUUCUGAUGGUAUGGCGUUUACUUUUAUUUUAGUUUUGUUCCCCUUUUCCCUUGAGUCAAAGUCAAAGAGGCCAGAGAAGGCUGUUGAUUCAGUGGUAUUUUUCCCCCCUUUUUGCGCUUGUAAGAAGAAGACAACAAAAAAAGAGAGAUAGUAAAAAAUAUCAGAUGAAAACAAAACAAAAAGUGUGUGUGGGUUUGUGUGGAAGACCCCGUAAGUUCUGAAAUCGCAAAGAAAAAGAUGACGUGGUGAAUGAGUUAUGUCUGUCUUUUGCACUAAUUUAAUAAAGCUGUUACUGUACUUCCCA